CGCGGGUUUGACUUUGUGGGCGUGGCAACACAAGCGGGCGUGUUUGGGCAAUGAAGAAAAUGCCUGUUCGCCAAAACAUCAAGUUCGAAGAUUGAAGUCCAAAAGCUAAACCGACCUAAAGCAUCAAACAGGAGACUGCCAUGGCCACUGAGGGGGACCCAACAGACCUGGUGAAGGUGCUUCACCUGCUGGUGAUUGCUUUCUCCUGGGGGAUGCAGGUGUGGGUGUCGUUUAUUGCAGGGUUUGUGCUGGUGUCCCAGGUACCUUUGCACACAUUUGGCCUGGUGCAAAGUAAGUUGUUCCCCUGGUAUUUCUACUGCCUCUUGGGCAGCAACACAGUCAGCCUGACAAUAUAUGCUGUGUACCAUCCCAGGGAGCUGCUAGACUGGCAUGAGUCUAUACAGAUGGCCCUAUUCUUCGUGGCAGUGAUCAUGGCAGGUCUGAAUGCACAGUGGUUCGGGCCGGCUGUCACUGAGAAUAUGCUGGUGAUGAGGGAGGUUGAGCAGGAGCAUGGCCUGGGUGAGGAGGUGGGCUUUAGCACCAACAGAGAGCGCUAUGUUAAGCUCCGCGAGCAGGAUCCUAAAUACAAGGCUCACAGGAGCAGCUUCUACCGCUACCACGGCCUGUCCAACUUGAGCAACCUGGUCGGCUUCGCCUGCAUCACCAUCAAUCUCAUCUACCUGGCUCUUCACUUGGACUCUAUAUAAGACCAUUUUUGGCCUGUAGCAAGUAUAUCAGACUGUCUGGUAAAUGUUCUGGAACAGGUGUUGUCAAACUCUGGUCCUGGAGGGACACUACUACUACUGCAAAACUUAGUAUUUAUUUUCCAUGCAGUUUUAUUGGGCUGAAUUCAUAACCAAGGAAAAUGUAAAACUAGGGUUCUACAGAGCUGGAGUGAACUUUCCUAUUCUAGAAGAUUCUUCAGUCUCUUUUUAACAUUUUUUCCUGUUAGGAUUAUUUUGGGUUCACUAUUCUGUCCUCCAGUGUUUAUCACCAUGUUCACCAUUACGACUGAAAACAGUGCACUAGUCCUGUAUAGUUAACUGUACAUUGAUCAAAUGACUCAGAACAAAAUGAUGGACAGAUCAUAGUCACAAUAAAUGACUAAUCACAGUAAUAUUCACUUUUAAUGUAUUGGCCAAUUUUUUUAUCCAGUAAUUAAGAUGUAUAGUGCGCUAUUUUUGAAUGACAUAAGUAAGACCUCUCAGGCCAAGCUACCAAACAUGUUCACAAUAUAGCAGUGGGAACACUGACUUAAAUGCCUUCAAUUACCACCUAGUGCACAUGAAGAUUACUACUAAAUUGCGAUAUAUAUUUGCAACUGCAGAAUGUUUUGUUGUUCGGGACUAGUUACGCAGUUGCACAAGGCUGUGCAACUCGUUAAUCACUAGUUGUGUUGGAAAAAAUGGUACAGGCCAUGACAAGAUACUUUAAUAAAUGGAUACAAGGUGUAUUUUUUAACUCUUUUACUUGAUGAUGAAAAGAUGUUGAGUGAUGUGCUCAUGUGUUAUUUGUAUGAAUUCACAUUAAAUGACUUGCAUUGUG